CAGUAUUUUCCUGCUGUUCUAGGCAAACCAACUGUUCAAAGUCCUGAAAUAAUUUCCAAUAAUCUUAUAACCAGAGUUGUGAAUUACCGAGUCAGACAAGAAACGAUUUAAACGAUGUUUGUUGCGGCCAGCUUGAGCUUGCUGUUGCUUGCUAUUGGAAACAUUUCAGCAAACCAAUGUUCCCCGACGAAUUACGACACAAUCAUAAAAGCAGGUCCAUCAUUGCCUGCGGAUGAAAUAAUAUCAAGACACAAUGUUACAUCUUCAGUUGUCAUGUUGGGAUGUCACACUCACUGCAAAGACGAAGACAAAUGUGUUGGAUUCAACUACAGAACAACAAAAAAUGUUGAGAAUUGCCAACUGACCAACGUUACUAGAAAGAAAGAAGAAACGAAACUGACCGGAUAUUGGAUAUUGAUGAUAUUGAUGAGAAAUGUUGAAGCAGCGAAGAAGGCGGUUGAAGAAGAAAAUCUUAUCAGGAAAUCAGACGUUGACGAGUGUUCCCUGGGAACUCACAAAUGUCACUCAAACGCAACCUGCAAUAACACCAUUGGCUCCUACGAAUGUCACUGUCACGGAGGAUUUGCUGGAAAUGGGAAAACAUGCUUAGAUGUUGACGAGUGUUCCCUGGGAUCUCACAAAUGUCACUCAAAUGCCACCUGCAAUAACACUAUUGGCUCCUACGAAUGUCACUGUCGCAGUGGAUUUUUAGGAAAUGGGAAAACAUGUUCAGAUGUUGACGAGUGUUCCCUGGGAGCUUACAAAUGUCACUCAAACGCAACCUGCAAUAACACUAUUGGCUCCUACGAAUGUCACUGUCGCUCAGGAUUUGCUGGAAAUGGGAAAACAUGUUCAGACGUUGACGAGUGUUCCCUGGGAACUCACAAAUGUCACUCAAAUGCAACCUGCAAUAACACUUUUGGCUCCUACGAAUGUAACUGUCGGAGAGGAUUUGCUGGAAAUGGGAAAACAUGUUCAGACGAUGAUGAGUGUUCCCUGGGAACUCACAAAUGUCACUCAAACGCCACCUGCAAUAACACUAUUGGCUCCUACGAAUGUCACUGUCGCGGAGGAUUUUUAGGAAAUGGGAUAACAUGUUCAGAGGUUGACGAGUGUUCCCUGGGAACUCACAAAUGUCACUCAAAUGCCACCUGCAAUAACACUAUUGGCUCCUACGAAUGUCACUGUCGCAGAGGAUUUGCUGGAAAUGGGACAACAUGUUCAGAUGUUGACGAGUGUUCCCUGGGAACUCACAAAUGUCACUCAAACGCUACCUGCAAUAACACUAUUGGCUCCUACGAAUGUCAUUGUCGCAGAGGAUUUGCUGGAAAUGGGAAAACAUGUUCAGGCAAGAUUAUUAUAAUCGAUUUUUCAUAUGCAACUCAAAUUUGA